AUGGCUGGAGCAAGUUCAAGUGUUAGCUGCUCAUUUUGUAAUGAGAAUUUUGAAUCAAUCGAUGCUAUUUCUAAACAUUUAAUAAUGUGUGGUAAUAAGACUGAUCAGUGUCCUCUAUGUCACAAAUAUGUUCGACGAGCGAUAUUUGCGUAUCAUUAUGAGAAUAAGUGUGCUGAUCCAGGUACAGACUCAACAAAUGAUCAUGACUAUCGUGAAACUGAACUAUUUCGUUAUUCGUAUCGUUAUGGUUGGCAGGAGAACUGUCUUCGCAAUCCAACAAAUAUACGAACAAAUCAACAGCACAGUAUCAAUAACUCUUUCUAUCCAGAUCUCAAUCAAUUACAUAUUGUGAACAAUUCUGAUUAUAAUGGUGCUCUGAUUCCCUGUGAAUAUUGCCAACAAGGAAUUGAAUGGGAUGACUACGACAGACAUAUUAAACUUUGUCAAGAAGAUGCACACAGAAAACUAGUUCAAAAGUCACAACACGGACAUUGGUCUCCCGUUACAGCCAUUUCACAUAGCAUUCAAAAAAUAAAAUGUAUGUUUUGUAGUACAUCUAUGUCUUCAAAUGGUAUUUCGUCCCACCAGAUGCAUUGCACCAAAAAUCCUCAUCGAAAUAAUAACUAA